CUUUCUGUAGCAACUUACACUCUUAUGUUGGAGCUUUUUCCGGUUUCGAGUCGUACGUUGAUGAGCGGUUUGAGUGGUGUCACCUGGGGCCUGUGUGUCUUGCCCAUUGCACCCGUUGCCUAUCUGUUUCGUAACUACAGUUGGAGAAUCAAUAAUAUCGUCUAUUCCAGCUGCCACGUCAUGGCAUUCUUCCAGUUGUGGUACCUUGAAGAAUCUUUGCGCUGGUUGGUCACCAAUGGAGAUGUUGAAAGAUCCAAAAAGAUAAUCAAACGAGCUGCCAAAGAAAAUGGCGUUGACUUCGACCCGAUUUGGGACAAGAUGCAAACUAUUUUGAUUCCGCUGGCCACAAUCAAGAACAAAGACACUAAAAGAUCCAAAGAAAAACUGAAACACCAACAAGAAGUCAAAGAGGAAGGAUUCCUCACGAUAUUUACGAAUUCAUUGGCUCGCAAAAUGACGCUCAUUGUCUCCAUAAUCUCGUUCAUGAACAGUGUGACAUACACCGCCGUGUAUAUGAUAUCUCCCAGUUUGGCAGGUAAUCGAUUUUUGAACUUUUUCUUGUUUUCCCUAACAGAAGUUUGUGGCAAUAUAACCAUGGCCAUGACACUUUUCAGAGUGACAAGAAGAGUGGCAAUAGCUUUUUUCCUAGGAACCGCCGGUGUUGCCUUAUUUUUAGCUGUAGCUGUCUUGUAUUUUGGAGAUGGGUCGAGUGUCUAUUCAGUCUUGAACAUCAUAUUCAGUCUGUUGGGAAUGUUUGGUAUCAGUGCUUCAUUUUGUCUUAUGUGGAUAUAUACAACAGAAGUCUACCCAACUAACCUGAGGAAUAUCGGACUUGGUUUCUUAACAUUCUCUGGAAAUGUUGGAACUAUGCUGUCGCCCUAUUCUCGCGUUCUUAUGGAUAUCAUACCAUGGGUACCUGAAACGGUGUGUAGCAUUGGUUGUAUUUUGAGCGUUUUCCUCUUGUACUUCAUGCCGGAAACUAAAAGAAUGCAAAUGCCAUCAUCAAUGUCGGAUAUCAGAAAACAAAUGGUAUUACAGAAAAUCUUCAAGUGGGGAAACUCAGGAAAAGAAACCGGUUCAAGUGACCGAGAAGGGACGACUUCUUCAGAAUUGACGAAGACAGACACAUAACUCGACUAUGGAAGACAUUAUUGUUAUUAUCAUUGUUAUUACUAUGUAAGCCCCAACACUUUAUGUCUGUUUUUGUAUUUUCCCGCUCAUCCUUCGCCCUUGUGGUAAAUAAAUGAAAUCUUCAUCAUCAUCAUCA